AUGUUUACAAAACUUUUCAGCACAUUUCGACAUUAUAAUAUCUUUCGAAAUCAUGGCAAAUAGUUGAUGCUAGUUGGAUUAUUAUCGACAAUUUGUUAUCGAUAGAAGCUAAGCUUAUAAGUAAACCCAAACAUCAAACAAUAUGGCGAUAACUUGAAUCGAGCAUUCAAAAGAGCAUUAGAACCCGAAGAUGAUUUUUAGUAUAAAUAGUCACAUUAAACUUAGUAAACAUACUAUCAUCUUGUCCGGAAACUCUAAUAAAGAGUUAGCUGAAGGUAAAUAUCCGUAUAAUUGAAUAAUAGAGAUUGCUGAAUAUUUGAAUAUUAAAUUAGGCAGUGUCACAAUUGGAAGAUUUGCAGAUGGAGAAUGUCAAAUUUAAGUAUACACUAUAUAUGACACAGGUUCUUGAUAAUAUUAGAGGAAAGGAUGUUUUUAUAAUACAAUCGACAUCUCCUCCCGUUAAUGAUAAUUUGAUGGAAUUAUUGUUAUUAGUCUCUGCUUUAAGAAGAGCUUCAGCCAGAAAAAUUAUAGUGGUAGUUCCAUAUUAUGGAUAUGCAAGACAAGUAUUUAUAAUUUCAUUUGUUUCAGGAUAGGAAAUGUGCACCAAGAGUCCCGAUAUCAGCAGCAGAUGUAGCUAGACUCUUAGAAACAGUUGGAGUUGAUAGACUAAUAUCAGUUGACUUGCAUUGUGGAUAAAUUCAAGGGUUCUUUGGACCUAGAGUACCAGUAGAUAAUCUUGAGGCAAAUUUGGUUGCUCAGAAUUACUUAUCACUCUAGAAGAAAUAUGAAUUCAAGGAUGUUGCAAUUGUCUCACCAGAUGCAGGUGGUGUUUACAGAGCAAAGAAAUUUUAAGAAUAAUUUGACUAGCAUCAUCCAGGAAUGCAAUCUCAUUUAGCUAUGAUUAUUAAGUAAAGAGAAGGGCCAGGAAAAAUAGCAUCCAUGAACUUAGUUGGUUAAGUUAAGGGAAAGGAUUGUAUUAUAGUGGAUGAUAUAAUUGAUACUGCAGUAAAUUUAAAUGUCAUUCUUUAAGGGUACACUUUCUGAGGCUGCCAGAGUACUCAAAGAACAAGGGGCAAAAAGAGUGUUUGCAUUUGCAACUCAUGCAUUAUUCUCAGGUAAAGCAUUCACGCAUCUCGCUGCUCCUUCUCUAGAUUAGAUCAUAGUUACUAACACAAUUCCUUCAAAACCAUAGGAAGAGGUCUUGGGAGACAAAAUAUGUAGAUUAUCCGUUGGUAAUUGAUGUAACUAUUAGUUAGCUCCUUUAUUGGCUGAAGCUAUUUAUAGGGUCUAAAAAAAAGAAAGCGUUUCAACUUUAUUUGAUAUCAAACAAUGA